GAUUUUUCUGAAAGGGUUUUUUACCACGCAUAGCGCUCCCCACGGCGACGCGAAACUCCUGCCGUCUGUCGGCGAUGCAUUUUCAUCACGCUGGACAAUAGUCCGUAUAGUCGGCGCCGGCGUGGGCGUCGUUUGCAAGGGCGAGGCCGUCAUCAACGGUCGUGUUUGUAUAUGAUAUUAUCUUAUUGUUUAUUAUACGCAGACCGCCAAAAUCGUUUUCUGUUAUACCACUUUUUAUUUUUGUAUUUUCAAAAUUUCUAUAACACGGCUUCCAAUUCAUAAGCUAUUUUUGUCGUGGAAUCCGUUUUUAGCGGUCGUAUACACCCCUAAUCACUAAUAGUAAUUCGCAUACGUGUAUAGUCUUAUAUGCCUUGUUUAAGAUUAAUGUGCUGCUGCGACGUGCCCGAUAACAAUAUUAUAACGCUGCCGUGUGACGACAUUUCGCAGUUCUUCGGGGCAAUAUUGUUGUAGACCGUACACUCUUACGCGUAUGUUGGGUUAUCGCAAGUUUAAACUGCCUGUAUUGUAUACGACAAACGCAUAUUAGGUGCCAAUAUUAUUAUUAUCAUAAUAUUAUAUCUCUCAGAACCGGACCGCAGUCCUGCGAUCGAUGGACAUCAAGGGUAAGGUCGCCAUGGUUACAGGCGGGGCCGCCGGCAUUGGUCGCGCGUACUGCGAAGAGCUGUUGAAAAAUGGAGCUAAAGUUUCUAUAUGUGAUAUUAACGAAGACGUCGGCGUCAAAUUGGCCGAUCUAUUGGGUGCCAAAUUUGGAAACGUCAAAGUGAUAUUUUGUCCGUGUGAUGUUACUGAUUAUCCACAGUUUCAAGAUGCGUUUCGAAAGACUAUAGCAGCUUUUGGUGGACUUGACAUAGUGGUAAACAACGCGGGUGUGUUCAAUGACCGAUUCUGGGAAUUCGAAGUGGAUGUAAAUUUGAAUGGCGUCAUUAGAGGAACAUUGCUGGCGAUGCAACUCAUGGGCAAGGACAAAGGAGGUCGUGGUGGCACAGUGGUCGUAACUUCGUCUACAAUGGGUUAUAAGCCAUGUCCCAGUAUGCCGAUCUACACGGCGACUAAACAUGCUCUAAUUGGUUUCAUUAGGUCAUUUGGGGAUCCUUAUCACACAAAUUUAACGGGAAUUCGAGUGAUUGCUUUAUGUCCAGGAAUGACACUGACUGAUGCUAUACCCGAGGACGUUAAACUGGCGUUAUUGUCACCCAAUUUUAUACAUCUCUGGGAUAAAGAUGUUGCACCACAAGCACCCCAAGCUGCCCAAAGUGUGGGACGUGCGCUAAUUCACGUACUACAGAAAGCUCAAAGUGGUUCGGUUUGGGUUGCCGAGAACAACAAAUCAGCCAAAGAAGUUAAGUUCCCUAACUUUUAGUUUUUAACGCCAACUACCAAUCACUUUUUUAAAAUAAUUGUUUUGUUUUUCAAUGUUUAAACUAUUCUCCACUUGUGGUGAUGGGCAAAAUUUUAUUGAUAAUUUUAUAAUUUAUAUAAUUAUAUGUUUUUUUGUGUAUUUGAAUUCAAAAUCCAUAAUUUACCGUUAGGUUUUAAUUAUUAUUGUUUUAUUCGCGGAAUCGUCAUAAUGCUUUAAUACUUAAUAGGUUAUUCAUAUAAGCAAGUAUAUUAUUUAAUUUUGUAAUCAACAUUUAGCUUAUCAUUUUUUUUAAUUUGUUUGGAUUGCCAAAUUAAAAUAUAUCCACGUUAACGUCAUUUCGACGGAAAUAUAAAUUAAUCAACAUACAUAUUACAUAUAAAAUAUCAUCGUAUCGAAGUAUAAAUAAAAACUAUAUACUCGUACCUAAUGCUCAUAUUAUAUUAAUCGUAUUAUACAUAUAAUAUAUAUAUAUAUAUAUAUAUAUAACCUUCUGUAGUCAGAAAAAUCGGUAAAAUAUCGGUAAACGAUGGUUUUAAUAUCUGACGAAUUAUAUAUACAUACACACAUACACAUAUAUAUAAUAUAUAUAUAUAUAUAUAUUUAUAUUAAAUAUUUUUAUGAAUAGGGUUUUUUAAUAAUUGUUUACGUAUUACACCAAAAAUAAUAAUAAUUAAUUUUUCAAAUUUUGUACGUUUUUAAAAUAAUCAUCGGCUGUGAAACUAUUCUGUUUUGUGAUAUGGUAUGCUAUUUACUUAAUUACUUAUUAUACCUAUACCUAAUUAUAACAGUUGUAUUAUAACUACUUAUUUCAAACCCCUAUAAUACCUAGGGAUAUUGUUUUAUAUGAUAAAUCAAAAUCAAUGAAACUCACCUGGGACCAUGUUAUAUUUUAAAUAAUAAAAAUUAAUAACAAUAUAGGUAAUAUUACUUUUUUGCGGCCCUAGAUAUUUUGUUUUUGUAUUAUUUUAAUAUUUAUCACUCAACUUCUCAAUGUAAUAAUGUUAUAUUUUAACUACAAUAGUUCAUUGUUUUUCAAAAUAAAAAAUAUUUAAAUGUUCAUAUUAUGUACCACGUCAAAAUAGUAAUAAUAAAAAAAAACAUCCCCGACGAAAGUUAACGAUAAAAUACAGAUAAUGCGUCGUCUAUAGUUCGUUUAUAGUACAAUUUUACUCAAAUAUUGAUAAUCUAAUAUUAUACUGACAUACUGUUGAGUACAUCAAUUAUACCGAAUAUAAAUUUUAUACGUUUUGCUACAUAUAUUAUUUAUAAUAUAAGUAAAAACAUAUUACAUAUAUUAUUAUAAUCACACCCUUUUUAAAUUUAAUAAUUUUGCCGAAAUUUCCUAUUUAAAAUUAUUCAAUGCGUUAUGCGUAGAUAGCAUAUCAGACCACAGCCAAUACAUAAUUAUUGUAUAAUAUGUAUUUAUUAUUUAGAUAUGUUUUUUAUGAUUCUAAAUAUUAAUUACGAUACUAUUUAGUAUUUA